GGCAUCAAAUUUUAAUUUUCCCGGAAGUUACCCAUGCGACUUGGAGGCGCACCGGCUCCACAGACCAGAAACAUCGCAUUAUGGCCUCGCUCUGAGUCUCCUGAUGCGACAGCUGUGUACAUACCUAACCGGCAAUCCGUCACCAUCGACGCCUUGAUCAUGGACCUCCGGUCCAGAGGCUUUUUUCGGGCCCAUCGGAGUUGUCAAUAGUACUCCCGAAGUACUAUAUUAUUUGAUUUUGAGCACUGUCACUUUUGCACGCCCGGGGAUUUAAACCGAAGUGACAGUAGUAGCACUCACCCCAUCUGCCGGUCAGCUAACUAGCUUGCUAACGCUAAGUCAAUAGCCAAGAAGGGCAUCACUUUUCUUUUGGAGUAAAGGACAAGGAAACUACAACACCACUACUUUCAGUAACAGAAGACUGAUCAGAGGCUGAUUCCCCGAUUUCCCAUCUUACAACAUAUUCACUAUUGAUUCCUGACAGGCUGGCAAAACAACGCCACCCUAAUGCAGAACCAUAAAAGAACGUGAAAUGAACAAACCACCACAGCCUAUAACGGGACCCGCUUCUGUCCCAAACCCUGCCCCAUCCCCUGGAUUGACACAGGCUGCCUACGGCCCUGGUCAGCCCCCUUCUCUUGUUUUUGCCACCCCUCCACCUCCACAAAUGAACUCUGCACCACAGCCAAGACAGAUUUCUGACACGGCUUCUACUGCUAUACGGCUUUGGCUAAAUCUGUGUAUGUGUGGUGGAUACAGAGCAUUACAGAGUUACUAUCAGAACCGACCAGCCAUGGCUACCAGUGCUCCAAGGGUGCAGACAAGUAGUGGCCCACGACCUGUCGGACCCACUCACGUCUACCAGCCCAGCUCCCAGAUGAUGAUGAUUUCCCAGCAGCAGCUGUCUUUCGCUGGCUCCCCUCAGGGCUACUUCAUCCCCCCUGGACAGUACCGGGCCCCAUAUAUGCCCCCUACUCAGCAGUAUCCUGUGACCAGUGGUACAGCAGGCUUCUUUCCGGGAACUAGCCCUGCUGAAUACCCUACUUAUGAGCCCUCUCUUGCUGCGAGGGAGAGGCGGGGUGGUGGGGGGAGAGGGGGCGGGCGAGAGAACGGCCGUCUCUCUCUCCACGGUGCUCCUCUCACCUCCCAGCGCUACCCUGCAGGAGCGUACUACCCAGCUCAGCCACAGUACCCUCAGCCUGUCCAGCCUGCACCGGUAAUGAUCAACCCCGCCCAGCAACAACCACAAGCCCCGCCUCCUCAGCAACCACCAGCACAGUCACAAGGCCCACCAAAGAGGGAACGCAAACCGGUAGUGUGUCACGACAAAAGGGCAGCGCACCUCUUGUCUGAGAUAAGAAUACGAGACCCCAACCAGGGUGGGCGCGAUAUCACAGAGGAGAUCAUGUCUGGUGGAAGGUCCACCACCACACCAACUCCCCCACAGGCCUCCAUAGCAGAUGCAAGUCCUGCACAGACCAAUGGUGAAGUUAUACAGCCAGUCACUACAGUGACUAGAAGAGAUGAAAAUAUGGAGCCUCCUGCUAGCGCUGAAACCCCACCACCUCCUGCCACGGCAAUUACAGAGCCUGUGGUGGAGGCCAAACAGGAAAUGGACAACCAGAUUACACCACCUGCUGAGUUAGCCGCACAAUCUGUUGCCCCUACAGCUGCUGCUGAGGUGCCAUCCCCAUUGAUAAAGGACCAGCAGUCUUCCUCUUCCCCCCCUCCAGCAGCAGCAUCUAGUACUACUCCUGCUGAGGCAGAAAAUAAAGUUGAUACUAAAGUUGGUGACACAGUAGAUGCUCCUGUCGGCCCUUCAGCAUCAUUAGCAGUACAAGAGGUGCCUGUCAAAAUGGAGGAACCACAGGCUGCCCCAGCUCCACCUGAGAAAGCACCAGAAAAGGAACAAAAGAAAACAGAGGAAGUGAAGGAAUUGGAAAAAGAGGAGAAGGUGGCCAGCGCUAAGUUGGAGCCUGCAGUUGAUGUUGCUGCGACAGUUACCCCUGUUAAUGAGGCAAAAGAAGAAGUGGCUACAAAACCGGCAACUGAAGUCUCUCAGCCUCCACCCUCUGCACAGGAACUUGCUGCUCCACAGGCCCAGAGCGCUGCCCCGAGCUCUGCCCCUGAACCUGUACCCGAACCCACACCGGCUGAAACGGCAGAGCCUCCUCUCUCCAACGGCCUUCCUCAGGACAUUGAGGAACUGUCUGAGGAUAUGGCAUUUUCAGACACUACAACCCUUGACAAGCCUGACGCUUCUCAAUCUCAGGAAUCCACACCUGUGGCUAAAAUGGCAAUGCCAGCCCAGGAGGAGAAGGAGACGGAGGAGGAGGAGGAGGAGGAGGAGGAGGAGGAGGAGAAGGAGAAGAAGAAAGAGGAAGAGGGGAAGGAGAAAAGUGAGGAUGCCCCUCCCACCUCUGUUAGCUGCCCUACAGAUGAAUCUACUACUAUGCAAGCUGCUAUGUCUGUGCCAAAGAAGAGGAAGAACAUGAAGGAGUUCAACAAGAAGGAGGCCAUUGGAGACCUCCUGGAUGCCUUCACAGAGGAGCAGGAUACCAAGCCUGCUCCUGAACCCUCGUCCACUCAGGCCGACCCUGUCCCUGUUGCUCCAGCUGAACCUCCCGCUGAGCUUGCAGAUGAGACCUGGGAGGAAAAAGAGGACAAGCAGAAUGCUGAACCUGACGGGCCUAAAGCGACAGCUGAGCCAACUGGGCAGAAAUACCAGUACAAAGAAGAACAAUGGAAGCCAAUAGACCCAGAAGAGAAAAAGAGGUAUGACAGGGAGUUCCUCCUGGGCUUCCAGUUUAUCGGUGCCAGUAUGCACAAACCCGAGGGCCUGCCUAUCAUCAGUGAUGUGGUCCUAGACAAGGCGAACAAGACUCCACUGCGGCCUGCUGACCCAGCUCGACUGAUGAAUGUCGGUCCUGAUUUUACUCCCUCAUAUUUGGGGAACCUUGGGAGCAGAUCAGUGGGAGGACCACGAGGCCCGCCACCUGGGCCACGUCGCUCCCAGCAGGGUCAGAGGAAAGAGCCCAGGAAAAUUAUCAGCAGCAUGUCCCUCAGUGAUGACGUGCAGCUCAACAAGGCUGAGAAGGCCUGGAAGCCCACGGCGAAGAAGUCCACUCGCACCCGUGUCGGGGAGGAAGUCGAUGAAGGAGAUGAUCCCGAACAGGCCAAGACUCGAGAGCUGUUCAAGCGUCUGCGCAGUAUCCUCAACAAGCUGACCCCUCAGAAGUUUCAGGAGCUGAUGAAACAGGUGACGGAUCUGACAAUAGACACAGAGGAGAGGCUGAAGGGAGCCAUUGACCUCAUCUUUGAGAAGGCCAUCUCAGAGCCAAACUUCUCCGUGGCCUACGCCAACAUGUGCCGCUGCCUUAUGGGGUUGAAAGUCCCCACCUCAGACAAGCCAGGAGUUUUUGUGAACUUCCGCAAACUGCUGCUCAACCGCUGCCAGAAAGAGUUUGAGAAGGACCAGGAUGAUGAUGAAAUCUUUGAGAAAAAGCAAAAAGAGUUGGAGGCUGCCAAAGCUGGAGAGGAGCGUGAGCGCUUGAGGGUGGAGCUGGAAGAGUCCAGAGACCAGGCCCGCCGCCGUUCACUGGGAAACAUAAAGUUCAUAGGUGAGCUCUUCAAGCUGAAGAUGCUGACAGAGGCCAUCAUGCACGACUGCGUAGUGAAACUACUGAAGAAUCAUGAUGAAGAGUCUCUGGAGUGUCUCUGCAGGCUGCUCUCCACAAUUGGCAAAGACCUGGACUUUGAGAAGGCCAAGCCUCGUAUGGAUCAGUAUUUCAACCAGAUGGACAAGAUCAUCAAAGAGAGAAAGACCUCAUCCAGAAUCCGCUUCAUGCUGCAAGACGUCUUGGACCUCAGAAAGAAUAACUGGGUGCCUCGUAGAGGAGACCAGGGUCCAAAAACAAUUGACCAGAUCCACAAGGAGGCAGAGAUGGAGGAGCACAGAGAACAGAUAAAAGUUCAGCAGCAGCUCCUUUCCAAGAAAGAUGGAGGAGGUGGAGGAGGAGGAGGAGGCAGGAUGGGUGGGAACAUGGGUGGUCGAGGCUCUCACGCACCAGGAGGUGCCCGGAAUAGCCAGCCUCAGGAUGAGGGAUGGAACACGGUGCCCAUCUCCAAGAAUAGACCCAUCGACACCACCCGCCUUAGCAAGAUCACGAAGCCUGGUGCUCUGGACUUCAACAAUCAACUGUUGGCUCCAGGGGGAAAAGGCAUGUGGGGUAGCUGGGGCAAAGGCAGCAGUGGAGGAACUGGAGCUAAACCAGCAAGUGGAGAACAGGAUUCUGGUCGUCCAACUACCCUCAACCGUUUCUCAGCCCUGCAACAGUCUGGGUCGUUGAUGUCUUCAACAGACUCUGAUCGCAGAGUUCCUCAGAGGUCAAGCUCCAGCCGUGAGCGUGGUGGCGACAGAGACAGGAUUGAACGUGACAGGGAUCGGUUUGACCGGUUCGAUCGCAGUGAGGGUCGGGAAGGUCGUGAUGACAGGAGCAGCCAAAACCAAAUCACCAAGAGAAGCUUCAGCAGAGAGUCGCAGGAGCGUGGCGGGAGGGGCGGAGACAGCCGGGCCUCUGCUGAUCCUGUGCGUCGCGUGGCCAGCAUGACCGACGACAGGGACAGAGGAAGCCGGGACAGAGGAAGCCGGGACAGAGGAAGCCGGGACAGAGGAAGCCGGGACAGGGGUCCAAGUAAAGAUCUUGCAGUUAAGCGUGAGAGCGCCCCCACGCCUCCUCCUUCUCUUGCAAAGCCUGCCUUGACUGAAGAGGAGGUGGAAAAGAAGGCCAACGCCAUCAUUGAAGAAUACCUUCACAUCAAUGACUUGAAGGAGGCGUUGCAGUGUGUGGCUGAACUCAACAGUGCCUCCCUGCUCUAUGUGUUUGUGCGGAGCGCCGUGGAGUCGACGCUUGAGCGCAGCACCAUCGCUAGAGAGCACAUGGGCCUGUUGCUGCACCAACUUGUAAAGGCAGGGACAUUGCCCACGCAGCAGUACUACAAAGGGCUGGAAGAGACCUUGGAGGCUGCGGAAGACACGGCCAUAGAUAUACCUCACAUCUGGCUCUACCUGGCUGAACUCAUUACCCCCAUGCUCCAUGAGGGAGGCAUCCCUAUGGGACAGCUCUUCAGGGAGAUCUCAAAGCCUCUUGUGCCUCUGGGCCAGGCUGGCGUGCUGCUGGUACAGAUCCUCCAGUUGCUCUGCAAAGGAAUGACCCCUAAGAAGGUCGGGGCCAUGUGGACAGAGGCUGGGCUGAGUUGGAGUGAUUUUUUGCCCGAGGAUAAAGACGUCAACAAGUUUGUCACUGAACAGAAAGUGGAGUUCACCACAGGAGAGGAGAUGGAGUCAAAGGAAAUCGAUAAGAAGAAGGUCCUCACUGGAGAGGAGCUCAGCAAACAGCUGGACAGACUCCUACAGGACAAAGCCAAUAACCAGCGCAUCGGAGACUGGGUUGAGGCCAACUUGGACGAGCAGCAAACUGCUUCCAACCAGUUUGUACGAGUAUUGAUGACUUUAGUGUGUCAGUCUGCCAUCAUUUGUGACAACCCGUACAGGGUGGAUUCACGGCAGAUCAGCCUGAGGGCCAGUCUGCUGCAGAGAUACCUGAGUGAUGAGCAGAAAGAGCUGCAGGCCCUUUACGCCCUCCAGGCUCUGAUGGUGGCCAUGGAGCAGCCAGCGAACCUGCUGCGUAUGUUCUUCGACGCCUUGUACGAUGAGGACGUUAUCAAAGAGGAGGCCUUCUACAAAUGGGAAUCCAGCAAAGACCCUGCGGAGCAAACAGGCAAAGGUGUGGCCUUGAAAUCAGUCACCGCCUUCUUCACCUGGCUCCGUGAGGCAGAGGAGGAGUCUGACAAGGAGUGAAAGAAUGAACUGAAAGCUGCUGCCCCCCUUUGGCAAGGCGGGGGCUCUGCAGGCAGCUGCGGAGAGUCAUGGACUAUAUUGCCAGAGAGGCAGACUCAAAUCAAUCCUCAAUGAGGAAAAAUCUUUAUUAUGUUUUCUUUUCUUUGAGGGACGGACUCAGAAAACAAUCAUUUCUCUCUACGCUUCCUCUCUUGCUUCCUCAUGAUUUCCCCACGUGCUUGUGACAGCAAGUGUCCUCAUCAAAUAAACUUGAAAACUGAUUCAGCAGGAUUGCUUGUUAACGAGGUGUGAAGUAUCCCACAUCACUACAAAACUUUUUUGUCACAAUAAUACAAAACCAACAUGCUGCUUUUUUAUGGUUCCAGACAAUUAUAAUGCCUAACAUCCUAUCAGAUCUGUAAGAAUAAACAGCAGGGCGUGUGGUGUAGUGGGUUCCCUGAUACGUGGGUAUCAUCAUGCCGUCGUGUGUGUUCAAUCCAAACUCAGCUCUUAUGUCUUUGUCCCUUACUGGAGUGUGCAGCAUGACUGAAGUGUGUUUCUAUUAAUGAUACAAUGGACGAAACGUCGAUAGACAAAUGUACAUGAACUAAUCUUAAUAUGAUGGAAGGAGUUUUUAAAGCAAAGGUCGUCUAUUUUCUCUUCCUGUUUCCCAUCAUGAACUUAUGAAAGGACAGAAACAUGGAGGACUGAUGUUGACCUUUGACCUUGACUACUAGGUGGUGGUCUUAAUGCUUCCUCUAAGCCAUCCUCUCCCAUCCCCAGUAGUGAAACACACUGACUGACAAUUCAUCUUUACCUCUUCUAUACUUAAACCUGAGCUGUCGUAGAGGACACUUAAUGACCCAAUCACCGUUAAAACUUGAAAUCUACAGAAAUUUGACUUGAUGAAAUAUAUAAAGUUAGAAAAACAAACACAGAAAUGAUCCGAAAGCCUUUUCUACUUUUAAGUGGAAACUUAUUUUAGGAGCAUUCUGUAUAAUAACGAUAAUUACAAAAACUUUUUUUUUUCAGUUUUAUUUUUCAGAAAUGAUAAAUUGCUGAUGUAAUUGCAGUGUGUCCUUUUCCAACAGAAACCGCAGUUGUCCAGAUGCAAAGAGGUGCUUUAGAUAAUCCAUUGAUUAUUAGCUGUAUUGGAAUUUUGUAAAUAUUUUUUUUUUUGCUUUCUUUAUUUAAGAAAUUAUUGCUUCUUUUGCAUCGGAAACUGGAAAGAUGAGGUAACAGAACAUUACAAAUAAAGGACUUAUUAAGUUGC